AUGGCGACCAUUCCCGAGAAGCACCAGCUCCCUGAGCUCCCCGUCUUCCCCGGCUCGGACUACGAGCGCGAGCCGAUUCAGCGCUUCCGUGCUGCUGCCGCCGUCCAGAUCGGCGAGGCCUGGGGAGAGGACCCGGCCAAGCUGUUCGCCGGCGUCGACACCGGCAAGCGUGGAUACGACCUCGCCCUCGCCAUUCCCCGGUUUAAGAAGGGCAAGCCCGACGAGUGGGGCAAGAAGGUCGUCGAGGCCUUCAAGCCCGGACCUUACCUCGCCUCGGUGCAGCACGAGGGCGCGUUCCUGACGUUUGAGAUGAACAAGCAGAACUUUGCUUUCGCCAUGCUGAACACGAUCAACGAGAUGGGCAAGCGCGCGGACGCGCACCCCGAGUCCAAGACGGAGGCGUACGGUACCUCGACGGCUGAGAAGGGCAAGAAGUUCGUUUGCGACUUCUCCUCGCCCAACAUCGCCAAGCCGUUCCACGCCGGCCACCUGCGUUCGACUAUUAUCGGCGCCGUCAUCUGUAACCUCCACGAGGCCAUGGGAUGGGACGUUGUCCGUCUCAACUACCUUGGUGACUGGGGAACGCAGUACGGUCUCCUGUCGAUCGGUUUCGACCGCUACGGAGAUGAGGAGAAGCUCGCCGCCGACCCAAUCCGCCACCUGUUCGAGGUCUACGUCAAGGUCAACCAGGACAACGACGCCGACAAGGCCAAGUUCAACGCUGGCGAGAUCACGGACCCCGAGUCGACGACGCACGCGCAGGCCAAGAAGGUGUUCAAGGCCAUGGAGGACGGUGACCCCAAGGCUCUGGCUCAGUGGAGCCGCUUCCGUGACCUCUCGAUCAAGAAGCUCAAGGAGACCUACAAGGACCUGAACGUCGAGUUUGACAACUUCUGGGGAGAGUCCAAGGUUAAGCCCGAGAGCAUGCAGCGCGCGAUCGACAUCUGUCAGGAGAAGGGCCUCACGUGCGAGGACCGGGGGGCGCUCCUUGUCGACCUGAAGAAGUGGAAGAUGGACCGCGCCAUCAUCCGCAAGGCGGACGGCACGACGAUCUACCUCACCCGUGAUCUUGGUGGUGCCCACGACAAGUACGAGAUGUACAACUUCGACAAGCACACCAUUGUCACUGCUGCCGCUCAGCAGCUCCACUUCAAGCAGAUGAACAAGACGCUCGAGCUCAUGGGCGAGCCGACGGCGGGCAAGAUCAACCACGUUUCGUUCGGUACCGUUCACGGCAUGUCGACCCGUAAGGGUACCGUCGUCUUCCUCGACGACAUCCUGACUGAGGCCAAGGAGGUCAUGCACCAGACGAUGCGCUCCAACGAGGCCAAGUACGCGCAGAUCGAGGACCCGGAGGAGACCGCCCGCAUCAUCGGCUCCACCGCCGUCAAGAUCCAGGAUCUGACUGGCAAGCGUAUCAACGACUACACCUUCGACAUCAAGCGCUGCACGUCGUUUGAGGGCGACUUCGGACCCUUCAUCCAGUACUCGCACGUGCGUCUGUGCUCCGUCGAGCGCAAGAACCCCAACGUCGCUGUUCGCGAGUUUGCCUCGGACAUCGACGUCUCCGUCCUUGACCAGCCCAAGAUCCACGAGAUUCUCUACAACCUCGCCCUCUACCCCGACGUCGUCAAGAGCGCGUACAAGUUCGACGAGCCCUCCACCAUUGUCACCUGGUGCUUCAAGAUCUCCCAUCUUGUCGGCUCCGCUUGGGAGAACGUCAAGGUCUCCGGUGCUGAGCAGAAGGAGGCCGAGGCCCGUCUCUUCCUCUACACCCAGAUCCGCCGCGUCCUCAACCACGCCAUGCGCCUUCUCUCCCUCACCCCGAUCGAGCGUAUGUAA